AUGCCGAAAGUUCCGAAAGUGCCAUCCGUGCCGAUCCCGGACAUGGACAUUCCGUUUGUCCCCAAGUCCAACAAGACAUCCUAUUCCAUGGAGGCAUCGGAGAUCAACAAUUCGACCGACAUUUACGGCAACGACGAAGAAGCCGGGAACAAACGCGCCAAGAGUGAAGCUCCUCACGAUCGAACGUGGGAAGAAAAGGAAAAGGAAGAAUCUUUUGAACUGGAAGAAGAUCUCUACAGUCUCCUCUACUUGGCCCGUACUUGCUCCAUGACAACCUUUGUCACGGUGGGCGUGUUUUUGCUGCAAAUGUUCAUUUUGGGACUCAUUUUUGCCGAUCUGACGGCGGAAGCACCCGUGCACAAAGAAGUGGUAUUUUUCCCAUUGGAAGUGCCCGUGGAUAUCCCGACCACCGUGGCAGUGGCGCAGUUUGUGUCUCUCUUGGUAGCUACCAUCAAAGAGGAAGAUAUUUUUGUGUCACUCAAGGCUCUGAUCGUGGUGGGCCAUGAUGAAAGAGUCAGUGUCAGAUUCCCAGGAGCUACACCCCUCAAAUGGUGGAUUGCCAACACGUUGAGAUUUCUUACUGGGCUGCUGAAUGUGGCGGUCAGUUUCUUUUUCAUUGUUGGUUCCUCCACUGUCCUGGAAAUCUUUGAGUCGUUUGCUGCCGUGGAGUUUGUGUCCUACAUUGAUAACAUGAUAUUUCGGCUCGCGAAAUGGUACGCUGCGAUGGGUGUUUUUGUUUUUGUUUUGACCUGGUUUGGGGUGGCAGUUCCUAACCAUUGCCUCUUGUCGUCCUCGACUCGUCACUCGACCAACAGGGGAUACCUAGGAAAAAUGUUGCAACGAAUGACCAUCAAAGUCGAAUCCGUACAAUUGGAAAAUCGACGAGAGAAAGGUCGUUAUUGGGCUCUACUUGUCUUUGUGUUUUUCUGCUUGACACUCAUCCCACUACUUGCGUGCUGGACAAAGGUGAGACUGGCCCAAUCCCAAGGAUUCUACCUCAAGCAGGCAGUAAGCCCGCGGCUGGUUGUGCGGUUUGGUGAUGACGAACUGAAAUUGAAGAGAUCAACACAAUUUGCACUGAAUGGUACAACCGCGAGAGACUUGUCAUCCUAUGACAGAACAGCAACUCUGGAGUAUGCCUUUUUUAGUGGUAGCUAUGAGAUAGUCCAACGCGAUGGCAAGCUCGAGCGGCACGGUGGAAGACCAAUCUACGUGGAGCGAGAUGCGAAUUACAGGAACGAUUCGGCCUAUUCGAUUUUCUACUAUUGCGAAGAACAAUCUACAUGGGUCUACACAAUUCUGGGAUUGGGCAAUGCCACACAAGGAAGAGAUGUCUGUGAAUUGGGCUGGUUGGCGGUGUCGGAACAAACGGAAGAAUACAGCCUCGAAAAGGUUCCUCAGAAUUGGAAGGUUUGGACCGGCAUAGUCAGCGAUUCCAUAGUAAAGAUCGAAUCGGAUAGCUGCGAACUUCCCAGCGAUUGCAGUCUGAACGGGGUGUGUGGUGAAGACAAGGUUUGCAAGUGCAACGAAGGGUGGCAAGGGAGACAUUGCAAUGUGGAGGCACCAUAUUGUCCCGCGCUCGCAUUUGUGAAGUAUGGAAAGACUUCCUACGAGUAUUCCUUCGACGGACCAUUUGAGCUCUUGACCAACGAGGACGAUGGCAGUCCGAUUGAAAUUUAUGAGCGACCUGUUUACUACAGAAAGACACCAGUUGACGCGAGCGUCUGUAAGAAAGAAGAACGCUACGAACUGUACCUCUAUGCAGGACGACGUUUCUUCAUGACCUUUUGGUGUGAAGAGGAUCUGAGCCGAUAUGUCGUGGAUGUCGGUGGUGGUAAGACGGAGUUCAGACUGCAGCAGAAUUUGCACGCUUAUUGGGAUAACGUGCUGGGUCUAGAACUGAAAUGGUUCAGCGAGGUCACAGACAGCCAUACCGGAACGGGCUUGCAAAUGUUCCAAGUUCGAGAUUCCUACUCAACUGGUAGCCAAAGUGCGUUUGGAAUAUUUUUUGAAUCCCAAGGAACAUUCGAAUGUCUCAAUGUUCCAUGUGAGGACGAUCGCACCGUUUGCGGGCGCAAAGGAAAGUGCGCAAAAUACGACUUUCAAAGCAGGAUCGCUCCAAAUACUACUCUGGAAGCGUUUCACAAGUGUACAUGUUCGGAUUUCUACGGUGGACUUUACUGUCAGUUCAAUCCGAAUGGGACCUACGCGAAAGAACACUUCAGUGAGUUUCAAGCAAACGUCACCUCGGACAAACUGGAAAAACCUUCUAUCUACGAAUACCAGCGUCGCUAUUGGGAGCCUCUCGUUGUUGCUUCUGGCGGCGUUGUCACCGUGAUCAGGGAAGAAGAUGAAGAAUCGAACAAUGAUAUUGGCGUAGUGGAGCUGAACGAAACAGCGGUUUUUCCUGGCGGGAGUAACAUCUUCAGCAACCGUUCGAACUCUGGAGAGGGCGAGCUCUAG